UCUUCGUUCGUCGCCUUCCUCUAAGUAUAUAGACACUUCUCUUUAUAAUUGCCUUGUUUCCCUCGGAAUCUUGAGACCAUUUCGAGGUUGUCGCAGUGGAAGGAGAGUGAAAGAACGCAAUGCUUACCUUCGAGAUCAAAACAUUCCUCGUGCACAACAUGGUCGCCAAAUUUGCAUAUCACCUAAUCAAAACAAUACACCCUCGUAUAAUCACCCCUCGAGCUGUUUUGCAGACAUCGCGUCAUUACAAACAUCAAGACGCAGUGAGUUUGUUCCUAGCCAAGUUGUCCAACCCAAUACGAGGAACUUAAAUAAUCUGAUUUUAAUCAGACCAAACAAACCUGAGAAUCACAAUUUAACUUGCGCGGAUCAACCGAUUGAAACGGACAGUAUAUCAGUCAACACCGGCCUUAUAAAAGUUAUCCAUCUGAACAUACGCUCACUUCGGAAUAAUGUCCACCUUAUCCAACUUCGAGAACUAGUGCGUUCAGCGAAAUUUGACAUCAUCACCAUUUCUGAAACGUGGCUUAACACGAGCGUGACAUCAGCCGAGGUAAACAUUGACGGGUAUAAACUUAUUAGACUUGAUCGUCUACACAAGCGAGGAGGAGGAGUCUGCGCGUAUAUUCGCAAAGAUUUCAAAACUGUAAUCUUGAAAGAUCUAUCUUACAUAUCUGAACGCAACUUUCACCAGUUGUGGAUCAGUGUACAGUGUAAAAAGACAAAAUCAGUCGUAAUUUGUGUAACGUACCGUCCGGAUGAUUCCCCACUAAGCUCGUUUGAUAAUGUUCUCAAGCCAAGUUACAUCCAAGCACUAACGUUAAAUAAGCCGAUUGUAAUACUCGGAGAUUUAAACUGUGAUGUGUUAAAACAGAAUUGUCCAGAAUCCAAAGCAUUGAUCAACUUUGCUAAAGAAAUGAACCUCAGCCAACUUAUAAAGUCUCCUACACGAAUCACCAAUACCACUCAAUCCUUAUUAGACGUUGUAUUGGUCUCCUCGAACUCGCUAGUACGUCGUAGCGGUGUUUUAAAUACAACAAUAAGUGACCACCUUCCAGUCUAUGUCGAUUUCAAGCUGAAAUCUCGCAAACAUCCUCCCCAUUACAUAACCGUUCGUAGCUACAAGAACUAUUCGCCUAGUUUAUUCAUAACUGACCUCGCCAGAAGCUCACACGACAGCUUAUUAUCUAUUUUCAACGACGGUGACGUAAAUAGUAUGUUAGACACAUUCAACCAAACCAUCCAAUCUACUCUAGACUCGCAUGCUCCUAUAAAGACAGUCAAAGUACGUAGCCGUCCUUGUCCGUUUGUAACUCAGGACAUAAAGGACCUCAUGAAGACCAGAGACCAGCUACACCGCCGAUACUUACAAACUCGGGACGACCUUGAUUGGAGUAAUUUUAAGGAUGCUCGAAAAGCUGUUAAGAGAAUGUUAAAAGAUUCUGAAAGAAAUUACUAUUUGGAUGAAGUUCAGCGACAUAAAAACAACCCAGGCUCUCUUUGGAAAAUUAUCAAUCAAGCCAUACCAUCAAAAAGUAAAGAAAAUCAUGCUUACACCAAAGACCCAAAGACAGUCGCUGAUGAAUUCAAUCAGUUUUUCUCGUCUGUAGGCAAAAAUGCAGCAGAUGCGUCAAUUCGUCUGGCAGAAGAGAACAACAUUACUGUAGAAGAAACACCUUUAGAGACCGUUUAUAUGCCUUCCCAAGAUCUCUUUUCCUUCCGAACAGUAACCAGCGAAGAAGUACGCCGUGUCAUUGCAUCCCUGCCAUUGAACAAAGCCCCUGGACCAGACAAGAUAAACUCUAGAAUCCUCAAAGACUGUCUCCCUGUUAUACUAGGACCCCUAACACAUAUAAUUAACUGCUCUAUAACCUCUCAUACAUUCCCUACUGCAUGGAAGGAAGCGGAAGUGAUUCCCAUAGUGAAAGACGGAGACCACGAAGUAGCGUCAAACAACCGCCCGAUAUCUCUUCUUGCCAUAGCUUCUAAGGUUUGUGAAAAAAUUGUUCUCGAACAAUUCAGUAGCUAUCUUAUAAGCAAAAACCUGCUCUCUCCUCAUCAAAGCGGAAAUAAAAAACUCCAUUCCACAGAGACCCUGAACAUUUUUAGUACCGACACGAUGCUAGAGGCUAUGGACAAAAAGGAACUCACCGCUCUAGUAUUAUUAGAUCUCUCGAAAGCCUUCGACAGUAUUAACCAUCACAGAUUGUUACACAAACUAGCGAAUGUCGGCGCUUCCCCAGCAACAGUACAGUGGUUUAAAAGCUACUUGUCAGAUCGCUUUCAGUCCACCCGCAUCAACUCCGCCCUAUCUGAUCCACUACCAAUCACUCACGGAGUACCCCAAGGUGCGACGCUUUCACCAUUAUUAUUUUGUAUUUACUUGAACGAUCUUCCCUCCGUAUCUCGUGACUCCAGCCUUGAAUCGUACGUUGAUGACUCGAAAGUUCUCCUCUCCUUCCCAUUACGUCAGAUUGAUGCAGCAAUUGCAAAUCUCGAGCGAGACCUACACAGAGUUGCAAGUUGGUGCUGUGAAAACCACCUUUUAAUUAACCCGGGGAAAACAAAGUACAUGAUGAUCGGAACAAGGCAGAUGAUGAGCAAACUACCUACAGACACAUCAAUUUCAUUCUUGGGCAAGUCUCUUAAACCAGUGGACUCUGCUAAAGAUUUAGGUGUCACAUUAGAUAGACACCUAAAUUACGACAAACAUGUCUCGCUUCUUGUCUCGUCGUGUAUGAACAAAUUAUGUCAGAUAAAUCGUGCAAAAAAUAGUUUCGACACAAAAACUUUAUCGGAAGUCAUUUCAUCCUUGGUCAUCAGCAAAAUGGUUUAUUGUUCUUCGGUGUGGUCGAAUACGUCUGCCUCCAACGUGAAGAAAGUUCAGUCGAUCCAGAACUUUGCUUGCAAAAUCGUCACGAAAUCCAGGAAGUUUGACCACGUAACUCCACUUCUACGUGAAUUGAAUUGGCUCCCAGUAGACAAACUACUAUAUUUUAGAGACGCCAGUUUGACCUAUAAAUGUGUGAAUAACCUAGCACCCGACUACCUUUGUAACAAAUUGAUAAAAAGGUCAUCAAUCCACGACCGUAGGACUCGUACACACGACUCUCUUCAAAUACCUCUAUUUAAGACUGCAGCUGGCCAACGAUCAUUUACAUAUAGAGCCGUCCAUAUUUGGAACAAUUUAGACAAGAACUUGAAAGACUGCUCUUCACUUAAAAUUUUUAAGGUAGCACUUAAAAAACAUUUGCUUGCAAAAGAUAACAUUUAG